AUGGAAGCGCGGAGAAUGAAGGUGGCGGAAAAUGGUUCUCAGCAUGGGUGGAUUUGUUUCUUACGUCAGGUGGAACUGCACGUUCAUCAUCGCGAGCUCGCUGUGGACUUCAGUGCUGGAGAGGAAUCUGGGUCUUCCGAAGGUGAGCUAGCGGUCAGUCUCAUAAGUGAAAAGGACUCCAUCUUACUCACGGAGAGAGAGGCACUUUUAGUUCUGCUCUUGAGAAAUGUCCUGGAGCUUUUGCUAAAGCUGUAUGGACGGGAUCUAAGCUCCAGUGUGAUCUGA